CGUAUAAAAAACAAAAAAACUAUCACCUCGUUCACAGUUAGAUCAUCGCGAAGCCUCAUACAAGUUUAUAUGUACAAUAAGUUGAAAAAAAUCGACGAUAAUGGCACCUUCGUGGACAAUUCAUGGAGCUGUAGCAAUCUUCUUCGGGAUAAACCUAAUCGUUGGCAUCAGAACAGACGCCACCUCCUCACUCAACUCCCAGGCAAUCAAACCAAAUAUCGAACCUUUAUCACCUGACAACUUCUCGCAAGAUCUACGCCAACUUCUAUCACCCGAAAUAUUCACACAGUCAGAUCCAUUCCAUUAUCUACUCGGAAAAGCGAUAAAAUUACCAUACAGGGUAAUGGAUAAAGUAAACAAGGAGAUGGAAAACCAUUUUCAAACGAGCAGUGAGACGAGAUUUCCUCCAGCUUACUUGCCCUACGCUAAACUUCUAUGUUUACAAAUGGAUUUACUUUCUGACCUGACUAAUUUGCAAUUUGGAAUUCGCGAUAUCAAGAAAUACAAUCCUCCGUUUCCACUACCGGAUAUUCAGUCAGUCGAUACUGAAAUAUCGAGUUUAUUUACGGCGGAUAUUUUCUCAGACCCUAAUCCUCCGUCGGUUCUGGUUGAUAAAUUACUAGCUUUACCGGAAAGUGGUUUCGAAAGCGUAGUCGAAAAAUUGGAGUAUUCCGCGCUAAAUAUUCGUAUUAUUCAGUAUUAUUAUUACUGGUAUUGUACUUAUCUAAAACAACCUUUUAAAAGACCACAUGGUUGGACAGCUUUGGUAAAUUUGAAAAGGUAUGUUGCUGAAAUGCAAAUAAAGCUUUAAUCCAUUCUGUAUAGUUAAUCAUAGUGAACAGGAGUAAGGAAUUUUAUCCCUGAAGUACCAACUGAAUAGAAAUUCAUCAACGAAUUUUUCCCCACUUGAACUCUUCACUGCAAAUAAAAUUCGAUAGGCCUGUUGAUAUUUCUAAAAAUGAAUCGAUUGGAUUAAGAUAAGAUAUUUAACAAUUAAGAUUAUUAAAUUUUUUUGUUCGUAAGAAAUACAUUUCCAGAGUGUCUACUAAAAUCAAAAAAGCAAAUUUCUCGCCUUUUUCUUGCUUUUUUCUUGCUUCCAAAAAUGAAAUUUCUUACCCUCUUCAUAUUUACGCAUAGAUAAUCUUCGCUAACCCCUCUAACCCCCCCCC